UGGCAGCAAGUUUGCUUGAAGAAUUGGCCAUUGGGAUUUCUUUGUACAAGGAUGAGAUUAAUGGAGGUUAUAUGAAUGUAUAUGUAAGUUGGUAUGAAAAUUAGGCUUUUUAUUUUUCUGGUGCUCUGGGUAUGGUCUAAUUGGAUAGCUGUCCUUUCGCCGUUGAAGUACCUGCUGGUUCCUCAAUAGGAUACGAUGCGGCUGUGCUGUGGAAUAGGAUCCUCUUGGUAGAAAGGAAUUCGCCUUUGUGUCAAUAAAUAUGAUUCAAAUAGAGAAGCCAAUAAUCUGCUUUUUGUGGAAUCCCUGGUUAGAGUUGUGUUUUAAACCAAUAUGCCUUCUACCAUCACCAAGUUUGUGGGUUUAUAUGACAAGACAGUUUCUCUUGGACUUAGCCGACGGUGCCCAUAAUUUCCUAUUGAACUGGCCACGGAGAUAUCCACCAAUCAAAACCCAAGAUUUCUUCAUGCCACUAUGUACCACAACUUGUGGAGUAGGGUUUGUCUAUGAUCAACGCAAGGACAUACAAAUAUACGUUAAUCAUCUGAAAGGUUUUAUGGUAGGCAACCCAGAAGCCGAUUAUUAUUAUGAUUGUAGUGCCUUGCCAAGAUAUGCUUGGACCUGUUAUGUGAGAGACCAAACCAGCUCUACUUCAAAGCCAAACAAGUGUAGUCUUCAAAGGCUCCAUACUAACUUGCCUGAACCCUGAUGAGUGAAACAAUUACAUGAACAAAGUCUUUGAAGAAUAUACAACCCUGAGGAGUUCAAAUUCGGAUAAUCAAUAUAUGUGACUUAAUUUGAUUCAGCAAGCAGAUUGGUGUCAUUUUUACCAUCAAAAUUUUUUAACUUUGCCUCAUUUUGCCACAUCUUCUACAACUUUAGUGGAGAAUAAGGAUAUUCCAUUCCCCCGGCAUCUUCUUCAUUCCACCCAGUUCCAGAUUAUGCACAAGGAUAUCUUUGCUCCCCAGAAUAAUCUUUUCAUUUACAGAAGCAAAGUAGUACAAAAAAACACAAGAACACGUACAAAUGUAAACAAUUUCCUUUCAUAUAUAUAUAUAUAUAUAUAUAUAUAUUUACAACUUCUGUUUUGAGUUGUGUCAAAGCUGCAAUACAGUGGUGGUAAAGUGACAGCCACAUGGAGCUGCACAAAAUGGCAGCAAAUCUUUGGGACAUAAUAUUACUUUAAAUGUUUGAUAGAUUUUCUUGUAUUAGCAGAAUAUCAAUGGAAGAAAAUGAGUUUUCACCUCACCAAAAGAGGGAACUCCGGUUGUCUCCCUCACCGGGUGUCUUGCAUUCUAGAUGAAAGACAACAGAAAAACUCCGGUUGUCUCCCUCUCCGUGUGUCUUGCAUUCUAGAUGAAAGACAACAGAAAAACUCCGGUUGUCUCCCUCUCCGUGUGUCUUGCAUUCUAGAUGAAAGACAACAGAAAAACUAAAAGCAUCUUGCAAUACAAGUUUCUAUCAUUU